AUGACCCUUGUCCCUUGCUCUCCGCGAGAUGCCGAGCCACUGAAGAAAGCCACCACGCAUGCGGCCAACCGUUCCUCUCCCUACAUGAAUCAAAUCCUUAUCUGCGAUGCCCUACCUUCGGAUCACCGUGAGGACAUCGUGUUUACCUUAAAACACAGUCUUAAUCUUUCUGACUCACCUAAACUGAGACUGAUCUUGAUUGGGGUGAGAGAAGCUGGAAAAAGUGCAGCUGGUAAUGCCAUUCUUGGCAAGAAAGCUUUUGAUCAGGUUGGAGUGAAGACCAGAGUAAGUGUCUCUUGUCAGGGUCUAGUGAGAGGUCGACAGGUGCUGGUGAUUGACACGCCAGGCUGGGAAUGGUUCAACAUUAAUGGCACCCCAGCAUCAGCAAGUGGAGUUAAGAAGGAGAUGAUCAGGAGUAUGAGUCUGUGCCAGCCUGGAGCCCAUGCCCUGCUUUUGGUGGUGCCACUGUCAUUUUCAUUCUCCAAGCAUGAGCGGUGUGCUGUGGAGGAACAUAUAGAGCUGUUUGGUCCAGAAGCUUGGAGUUAUGCCUUGGUCCUCUUCACCAUUUUAGACAGAAAACAGUUGUAUGGCACCAGCAUUGAGCAAGAAGUGGAGGAGAAUGAGGAGCUACACAGGCUUGUUGGCAGAUGUGGAGGUCGUUUCCAUGCUCUGUUCAGCAAAUAUAUGGGGGUUGAAGACCAGGUGGCUGAUCUUCUGGCUAAGAUCCAGAAUAUGGUGGCUGCCAAUGGAGAAGUUGUGCUCUCCAGUGAGAAGAUCCUGGAACAGGCCAGGAGGAGAGAGAGAGAUGAGGAGAGAAGAGAGGAAGAAGAGAGGAAGAAAAGAGAAGAGAAGAUACAGAAAGUAAGAGUGGCACUAAAGGACAAGGAAAAAGACAAGGAGUUAAGAAGGUUGAGAAGGGGAACCAACAGGUACACAGUGGACAAUGUGGAACAGAAAGACUCAACUAAGGUCAAUAAGAGCAGUGACCUCCCUGUCAGAGACAGAAAAAGCUGCAAACAACAGUGAAUGAAGG